AUGGCGAAUCAAGUUUGGUAAUAAUAAGCCAACCCCCAAAGGACACCCCCAAAUAAACCCUAAUUGUUAGAGACACAACACUAUUACACCCUCUUCAACCUCAGAUUCCAUUUCUAAACCCCUAAAGUUUCGAUUUUUAAUUUUUUUUUGUGGGAUGUCUCCGGCGGCGGCAGUAGAGAUUGGGUCUCCGGUUGAAAAGGUCUCGUCUUUCUUCUUCAACAACCCGGAGAGUACUGUUCACUCUCACGAUCAACGAAGCAUGGACCCUUUGUCUUCCUUCCAGUUCGGGUCUGGAGCUGGUGGUUCAGGACAGAAGACAAAGAGUCGACAAAAGCCGAGGCUUGUCAAAGUGAGGAAGAACGGUAGAAAGGUGAAAGGUCCCUCCUUUUCCGACGAGUCUCCUUCCGGUUUCAAUCCCUUUGCGCCGCCGCCCAGUAAAGGUAGUCUCCAUGUGAAGAGUGAUAAUGGCGCUUCACCUGGGGAUAAAGAUAAAUCUUUUGUUUUUGGAGCUUAUGGGAGCAGUUCUGGUGCAAAAGCUAGUCCAGGUAACGCUGGAGUAUCUGAUGAGGAGGAGUUUAGCACACCUGUAGCUGACUUUUUCACUAAAGAGGAUUCAGAUGAUGUUAUAGGAAAAAAGGUAGAUAACGAUGCAGAAAGCGGAGUUGGGUUUGGUGGUAGUGAUGGUAAAACUAAAGAUGAUGCUGAUGAAGUGAACCUGUUUGCUGAGAUGAAGAAGCUUAACAUCAGUAAUACCAGCAUCCAUGGUGGUGAGGGAGCAAGAGAAGCUAAUAAUGCACCUGCAUUUAUCUUUGGCAGCUCCGGGAAAGGUGAUGCCGGAAGUAAAGGUGAGACAACAACAUCAGGGCCAUGUUCUUUCAGUUCCAAUAUUUUUCGCCAAAGCAAUGAUGCACACGCUUUUCAUCCUGCUGCUACCAACGUAAACAACUUAGGAAACACUACGUUUGGCAACAGAACAUCCUUUGGUGAUUUCAAAGCACCAUUGUGUGAUCCUUCUCUGCUUAAGAGCAGUCUAUUUCCGGAAAUGGGCAGAACUCCAGUACAUGUGAGAAGUAAACGUUCAUCCAAGGACCAGAGAUCAAACAAAGUCAAGGGGAAAAAGAAACAGCAUGAGCCGAAUCGAUGCAGUGAUCAGGCUUCUGAGGGUGUUGUUGAGUCUCAAGAAAAGCUUAGUUCCCCUGGAUACUCCUCGCCCAUGGAUUUUUCUCCUUACGAAGGUGAGAAAUCCAGCAAUCAGUUUCCUACAGAAACUCCUCUGACACAUUCGAGAGAACAUGCAAAUUCCCACCACUCUGCCAAUGACUUUAAGGUUGUCUUCACGGCAGAGGAUCGUGGAAGUGUUCAGAUGCCGGAAUUUUCCUUCUCAGCGUCCACCUCUCAGGGAGAAACAUCAACUAAAAAGCUUCAUUCUGUAAAGAAAUAUAGGAGGAAAGUUAAUAACGUCUUUCAGAAAAAGAAUCUCAACACUAGCACCAUGCGAAACAACAAUCAAGAGAAUCAUCAACCUGUGAAUACAGGUCAAGCAGGGUUGAUGCCUAGUGAAUGUGAGGUUUGGCGACUCAGGGGAAAUCAAGCCUUCAAAAAUGGUGAUAUGCGUAAAGCUGAGGAGUGUUACACGCAUGGUAUUAACUCCUCGUCGUCGUCAAGUGAUGAUAGCUCAGAGUGCUCUGUAAAGCCUCGUGCGCUUUGCUAUGGUAACCGAGCAGCAGCAAAGAUUUCUCUUGGGAGGUUAAGGGAGGCUAUAUGUGACUGUGAAAUGGCUGCUUCGCUUGAUCCAACCUACAUUAAAGCAUUUAUGAGAGCUGCAAAUUGUUAUCUUGUGCUGGGGGAACUUGGAUCAGCAGUGGAGUACUUUAAUAAAUGCAUGGAGUCUGCCUCUAGUGUCUGCCUGGAUCGACGAACUACUAUAGAAUCAGCUGAAGGUGUACAACAGGCCAAAAGGGUAGCUGACUAUAUGAACAGUGCAUCCAUAUCUUUGGAGAAGAAAACACCUGAUGGCGCAUCUGACGCAUUGGUUCCAAUUGCCAAUGCCUUGUCAAUUAGUUCAUGCUCAGAGAAACUUCUUCAGAUGAAGGCUGAGGCCCUGUUAAUGAUCCGGCGUUAUAAAGAGGUGAUCGACCUUUGUGAGAAUACCCUUCAGACGGCUGAGAAGAAUUAUGUUUCAGAAGGGCCUGUUGGCAUAGGGUCUAAGCAUCACUCACUGAUAGUUUGGAGAUGGAACAUGAUUUCCAAAUCCCACUUCUACUUGGGAAGCCUUGAGGUGGCUCUUGAUACAUUAGAAAAGUUGCAGCAAGUGGGAUCUAGCCGCAACGAGAAUCAGGAAGAGUGUCGUGACUCACAAGCUUCUUUAAUGGCCACCAUAUCUGAACUUCUACGUUUUAAGAACGCUGGUAAUGAAGCUGUUCGGGCAGGAAAGUAUACAGAAGCAGUAGAGCAGUAUACCGCUGCACUAUCAAGAAACGUCGACUCACGCUCUUUUGCAGCUAUUUGCUUUUGCAAUCGUGCGGCUGCUAAUCAGGCCUUAGUCCAGAUUGCUGAUGCAAUUGCGGACUGUAGUCUUGCCAUGGCUCUUGAUGAAAACUACACAAAGGCAGUUUCCAGGAGAGCCACACUACAUGAGAUGAUUAGAGAUUAUGAUCAAGCAGCUAGUGAUCUCCAGAGGCUUAUCAGCAUCCUCGUUAAGCAAAAUGGUGAGAAGGCAAAAACGUCAGAGACAUCUUCUGCUGAUCGUUCAAGCAUCAGGAAAGAGCUAAAGCAGGCUCGUCAACGGUUGUCUGUGAUGGAAGAAAAAUCUAAAGAGGGCAUUGCUCUUGAUUUCUUCCUCAUCAUGGGAGUGAAGGCAUCUGACACUGCUGCUGAUAUCAAAAAGGCAUACCGGAAAGCAGCUCUCAGGCAUCACCCAGACAAGGCUGCACAGAUUCUUGUCAGAAGCGAAAGCGAAGGACCGUGGUUGAAGGAGAUAUUAGAAGAGGUUCACAAGGGUGCAGAUAGGCUCUUCAAAACGAUUGGAGAGGCAUAUUCAGUUCUUUCUGAUCCAACUAAGAGGUCGGACUAUGAACUUGAGGAAGAAAUUAGGAAAGCAAAGGCAUCUAGAGAAAGCUACAGAAGCAGAAAGGCUGGAGAAGCAAGCACCACCUCACCAUAUCAAACAAGUCCAGGCAGAAGAUACUGGAGGCACAGCGAGAGGACAUACAGAAGCACCCAUUCUUGGUGGUAGGAAUGCUCAAAAGAAAAUUUGGUGUCGCAAGAUAUAAGUGAUCCAUUGGGUUCCCUCCCAGGUGAGAUAUUCAAAAGAGCUGAUGGAAGUGUUAAGGUCUCUGCUACAAAUCAAUACAGCAACUGAUUACCAAUUUUGAAAAGGGAAAACGAUGUAACUGAACAAAUGUUUGUUUUUUUUGUUUUAACGGAUUGUACCUUUGUGUAAAACAUUCAAAAAUGUUUAAAGAAAUGAAAAACUUGAUUUCGUAACA